AUUUUUGGGUAAUUAAAGUUGGUAUCUGUGAAAGAACAAUGAAUUCGCUGGAUGGAUUUGUGAAACUGGUCAUGUCACAUACGGCCUCACAGUUAUGGCGUGAAUUGGCCGAUAUUCAUCGAAAAUCUAUGCACGAUUUGCUGGAGCGCAAUGUGGCGCAUCUGGAUAAUGUACUUGAAACGCUGAGCGUAGACAAAUAUUCCAUUUCGUUCGAACGCACAGUGUCGCAGGUCCAGGUACUGACUCCACUUCUGAACAGCACCGAGAUCUCAUACAUCCCCGAUAUUUAUGUGUUUCUUUUUCGAAAAGUUUACGAGUACUUCGUCAAGAUCAAGAAGAAGCCCAUAAUACUUCAGAGUGUUCUGAAAAUUCUUUAUUCGCGGUUUUUGCUGCGAUUAAAAUCAUGUAGGUUUAAUUGGAGUAAUUUUCAGCCCGAAAAUGGUAUUCCUUUGCUUGUGGAUGCAAUUGACCGGAUUAUUCCGGAGCACAUGGAAGGUCCGUAUAUGAAUCCGAAAUGGGUUCUGCUCUAUUUUUAUUAUGGUGGUUUAAUUUAUGGUGCUCAAGGGCGUUAUGAGGAAGCAUUUGAAAUGAUGCAGAAAGUAUGCAGCAUACCAACUGUUGUCACAAGUUCAAUCCAGGUUCACGCUUAUAAGAAAUAUGUGCUUCUCUCGUUGCUGCUCCAUGAAAAAAUCAUUCCACUGCCGCAUUAUCGUUCGCCAGCGGUUAUGCGUACCGUGAGUGCAGCAUGCCAGAACUAUAUUGCGCUCUCAAAAAUCUAUACCAAUGAGGAGAAGAAUUUCGACAAAGCAGGUGCCGUACGUGAAUACCUCGAAGCACAUCAGGAUAUGCUGGAUUCGAAAUAUGUGCUUCUCUCGUUGCUGCUCCAUGAAAAAAUCAUCCCACUGCCGCAUUAUCGUUCGCCAGCGGUUAUGCGUACCGUGAGUGCAGCAUGCCAGAACUAUAUAGCGCUCUCAAAAAUCUAUACCAAUGAGGAGAAGAAUUUUGACAAAGCAGGUGCCGUACGUGAAUACCUCGAAGCACAUCAGGAUAUGUUGGAUUCGUACAGCGUAUCAGAUCGAUUCCUUUUUUUGUCGUAAUU